AUGGGGGUGGACUUCGAUGUGAAGACCUUCUGCCACAACCUGCGGGCCACCAAGCCGCCCUACGAGUGCCCCGUGGGCACCUGCCGCAAGAUCUACAAGAGCUACAGCGGCAUCGAGUACCACCUCUACCACUAUGACCACGACAACCCCCCGCCGCCCCAGCACACCCCGCUCCGCAAGCACAAGAAGAAGGGCCGCCAGGCCCGGGCCGCCAACAAGCAGUCGCCCAGCCCCUCUGAGACCUCGCAGUCGCCGGGCCGUGAAGUGAUGACUUACGCCCAGGCCCAGCGCAUGGUGGAGGUGGACCUGCACGGGCGCGUGCACCGCAUCAGCAUUUUCGACAACCUGGACGUGGUGUCCGAGGACGAGGAGGCCCCGGAGGAGGUGCCCGAGAACGGGAGCAACAAGGAGAACACGGAGACCCAGACCGUCACCCCCAAAUCUGGGAAGCACAAGAACAAGGAGAAGCGCAAGGACUCUAACCACCAUCACCAUAACGCCUCGGCUGGCACCACCCCCAAGCUCCCCGAGGUGGUGUACCGGGAGCUGGAGCAGGACACCCCUGAUGCCCCACCUCGCCCCACCUCUUACUACAGGUACAUUGAGAAGUCAGCAGAGGAGCUGGAUGAGGAGGUAGAAUAUGACAUGGAUGAGGAAGACUACAUCUGGCUGGACAUUAUGAACGAGCGUCGGAAGACUGAAGGCGUGAGUCCGAUUCCCCAAGAGAUCUUUGAGUACCUGAUGGACAGGCUGGAGAAGGAGUCCUACUUUGAGAGCCACAACAAGGGGGAUCCAAACGCCUUGGUCGAUGAGGAUGCAGUGUGUUGCAUCUGCAAUGAUGGAGAGUGUCAAAACAGCAAUGUCAUCCUCUUUUGUGAUAUGUGCAACCUGGCUGUUCAUCAGGAGUGCUAUGGGGUGCCCUACAUCCCAGAGGGACAGUGGCUCUGCAGACGGUGCCUGCAGUCACCCUCCCGAGCAGUGGACUGUGCCCUGUGCCCAAACAAGGGUGGGGCUUUCAAACAGACGGACGAUGGGCGCUGGGCGCACGUGGUUUGUGCUCUCUGGAUCCCAGAGGUGUGCUUUGCCAACACGGUGUUUCUGGAGCCCAUAGACAGCAUCGAGCACAUCCCACCUGCACGGUGGAAGCUGACCUGCUAUAUUUGCAAGCAGCGUGGCUCUGGGGCUUGCAUCCAGUGUCAUAAGGCAAACUGCUAUACCGCUUUCCACGUCACCUGUGCCCAGCAGGCUGGACUGUAUAUGAAAAUGGAGCCUGUCCGCGAGACAGGAGCAAACGGUACCUCCUUCAGCGUGCGCAAAACUGCCUACUGUGACAUCCAUACGCCACCGGGCUCUGUGCGCAGGCUGCCUGCCCUCUCCCACAGUGAAGGGGAAGAAGAAGAUGAGGAGGAAGAGGAGGAGGGUAAGGGCUGGAGCUCUGAGAAAGUGAAAAAAGCAAAGGCCAAGUCUAGAAUCAAAAUGAAGAAGGCGCGGAAGAUCCUGGCAGAGAAACGAGCUGCAGCGCCUGUGGUUUCUGUUCCCUGCAUCCCCCCCCACAGGCUCAGUAAGAUCACGAACCGCUUAACCAUCCAGAGGAAGAGUCAGUUCAUGCAGAGGCUACACAGCUACUGGACUCUGAAAAGACAGUCUCGCAACGGUGUCCCUCUGCUGCGCCGGCUUCAGACACACUUACAGUCCCAAAGAAACUGUGAUCAGAGAGACACUGAGGAUAAGAACUGGGCCCUGAAGGAGCAGCUGAAGUCAUGGCAGCGCCUCCGCCAUGACCUAGAGCGAGCACGCUUGCUGGUGGAGCUGAUACGCAAGCGGGAGAAGCUCAAGAGAGAGACGAUCAAAGUGCAGCAGGUGGCACUGGAAAUGCAGCUGACCCCCUUCCUCAUCCUCCUCCGCAAGACACUCGAGCAGCUGCAGGAGAAAGAUAGCUCUCGCUGUUUUCUUAUGCAGGUCCCAGACUACCUGGAUCACAUCAAGAAGCCAAUGGAUUUUCAGACAAUGAAACAGAAACUGGAAGCCUAUCAUUAUCUGAAUUUUGAUGACUUUGAGGAGGAUUUCAACCUGAUUAUCAACAACUGUUUGAAAUACAAUGCCAAAGACACAAUCUUCUACCGGGCAGCCAUUCGUCUGCGGGAGCAGGGAGGCGCUGUUCUCCGGCAGGCUCGCCGGCAGGCAGAGAAGAUGGGCAUUGACUUUGAGACAGGCAUGCACUUCCCACACUGUGUAACUGUGGAAGAGGCUCAGGUCCAAGAUGUUGAGGAUGAUGUGCGGCUGCUGCUCUCAGAGAAUCAGAAGCACCUGCCCUUGGAGGAGCAGCUGAAGAUCUUGCUAGAGCGGCUGGAUGAGGUUAACGCUGGGAAGCAGAGCAUAGGACGGUCCCGCCGGGCCAAGAUGAUCAAGAAGGAGAUCACAGUCCUACGCCGGAAACUUGCUCACCCACGGGACCUGGGCCGAGAUGGGCCAGAGAGGCACGGCUCCUCUGCCAGGGGAGUCUUGCAGUCACACAACCCCUGUGAGAAGGACCUGCAGACAGACAGCGCUGCUGAAGAGAGCAGCAGCCAGGAGACUGGCAAAGGUCUGGGUCCCAAUUCUUCUUCCACCCCAGCACAUGAAGUUGGCAGGAGGACCUCUGUGCUCUUCUCCAAGAAGAACCCUAAAACCGCAGGACCCCCAAAACGUCCAGGACGCCCUCCAAAGAAUCGAGACAGCCAGAUAACUCCUGGGCAUGGGAACAGCCCGAUUGGCCCCCCCCAGCUCCCAAUAAUGGGGUCCUCCCAGCGGCAGAGGAAGCGAGGGCGAAGCCCGCGCCCCAGCUCCAGCUCGGACAGCGACAGCGAUAAGUCAACUGAAGAUGCUCCCAUGGACCUGCCAGCCAACGGCUUCAGCAGUGGGAACCAGCCAGUGAAGAAGAGCUUCCUGGUCUACCGGAAUGACUGUAAUCUUCCUCGGAGCAGCUCCGACUCAGAGUCCAGCAGCAGCAGCAGUAGCAGUGCUGCCUCCGACCGUACCAGCACAACACCCUCAAAACAGGGUAGAGGGAAACCCUCCUUCUCCCGCGUGAACUUCCCAGAGGACAGCAGCGAGGACACGUCAGGGACAGAGAACGAAUCCUACUCUGUUGGCACUGGGCGAGGUGUGGGGCACAGCAUGGUGCGGAAGGGCAUUGGUCGUGGCGCGGGGUGGCUUUCAGAGGACGAGGAUUCCUCCCUGGAUGCCUUGGAUCUCGUGUGGGCUAAGUGCCGAGGGUACCCGUCGUACCCAGCGCUGAUCAUUGACCCGAAGAUGCCUCGGGAAGGCAUGUUCCACCAUGGUGUCCCCAUCCCAGUGCCCCCCCUGGAGGUGCUGAAGCUGGGAGAGCAAAUGACUCAGGAAGCACGAGAGCAUCUGUACCUUGUCCUCUUCUUCGACAACAAGCGCACUUGGCAGUGGUUGCCUCGAACAAAGUUAGUGCCUCUGGGGGUAAACCAGGACCUGGAUAAGGAGAAGAUGUUGGAAGGCCGCAAGUCAAACAUCCGCAAGUCUGUGCAGAUCGCCUACCACCGAGCCAUGCAGCACCGCAACAAGGUGCAGGGCGAGCAGAGCAGUGACUCUACCGUGCCAACACCCUGCAUGUGA